AUGCCAUCACCACUCACCAUGUCCACCACCACCACCACCAUCACCACCACCACCACCACAAAGACCCGGGGCACCACAACCCCCCACCCCUCGAACCUCGACCAGUUCCUAGCAGCACCCACACCCUUCCUCGCCCGCGUGCUCUACAACAGCCUCCCCGCGCAGCGACGGCAACCCCCGGAGCAGCACGGGGAAGAGGCGUUAACGGUGGUGUGCGUGUCCGACACGCACGGGCAGAUGCCACCGCUCCCCGCGGGGGAUCUGCUGCUGCACUCGGGCGACCUCACGGCGUCGGGGACAAUGGGCGAGCUCCAGGACGCGCUGCAGUGGAUCGCCUCGCAGCCGCACCGCUACAAGGUCGUAAUAGCGGGCAACCGGGAGCUCUGUCUCGACGAGGAGUCGCGGGGCCGCCCGCUCAGUAUCUCCAACGGAUCCGGAGCUCAGGAUGAGAAGGCCUCCAUCACCAGCAGCAGCACCACAUCUACAACUACAACUACUACAACUACAACUGCCACAAUAGACUGGGAGAAGCUCUCCGCCGCCGGCCUCGUCUACCUCCAAAACAGCAGCAUAACCCUGCACUUCCCCGCGCCGCGCGACCGCUGCAUCAAGAUCUUCGGCUCGCCGCUCUCGCCGCGGCACAGCCCCCACGCCGCCUUCCAGUACGCGUCCGCCGAGGAGCAGCCCUGGCACGGCAUGAUCCCGCCCGACACCGACAUUGUGCUCACCCACACGCCGCCGCAGUGCCACCUCGACAGCUGGCGGCGGCUCGGGUGCGGCGUGCUGCUGCGCGAGCUGUGGCGCGUGCGGCCGGCGCUGCACGUGUUUGGGCACGUGCACGCGGGGUACGGCGUCGAGGUUGUGCGCUGGGACGAGAUGCAGCGGCUGUACGAGGGCGCGUGCGCGGGCGGCGGCGGGAGCGGUGGCAGCGCGUGGGCGCUCGUCCGGAUGGCGGGCAUGUUUGUCGUGUGCUGGGUGUCGUAUGGGCUCUUUGGCGGGCGGUGGCGCUGGGGGGACGACCAGGGCGAGACGAGGAUGGUGAAUGCGUCGGCGAGUCGGGGGCGGGGAGGGGGAGGGGGAGGGGGGGAGGCGGGGGACUCGCUGCUGGUGAAUGAGCCCAUUGUGGUCCGGCUCUGA